GGGCAGUCAAUCUCCCCUCGGUCUGGCCGUGACUCCGCCGGCCUGUUGUUCAGCUCCUUUUCUUCUUCUUUUCUCCCUCCAGACCUCGGAAACACUGUCAGGAUGGCUGAGAACGCGCCCGUGGCCGAGCACAAGCCUGCCCAGGAUCAGGACAUCAACCCCUGGUCCGUGGAGGGUGGUCGCGACGAGAACGGCGAGGUGGUUGCCAUCAAUUAUGAGGCACUUGCCAAGAAAUGGAACACCUCGCUCAUCGAUGAAAAGCUUCUCGAGCGCUUCGAGAAAGUCACCGGACACAAGCCGCACCGCUGGCUCCGCCGUGGCCUGUUCUUCAGCCACCGUGACUUCGACCGCAUCCUGACCCUCUACGAGCGCGGUGAACCCUUCUUCCUCUACACCGGCCGUGGCCCCAGUAGCGGCAGUCUGCACCUCGGUCACACCAUUCCCAUGCAGUUCACCAAGUGGCUGCAGGAUGUGUUCGACGUUCCGCUCGUGUUCAUGCUUACGGACGACGAGAAGGCCUUGUUCAAGGACAACAUCUCAUUCGAGGAUGCCAUGGGUUUUGCAAUGGAAAACGCCAAAGAUAUCAUUGCGCUGGGAUUCGACCUGAAGAAGACCUUUAUCUACAGUGACUUGAAGUACAUCAGCAACCACAUCCUUAUGAAUGCCUGGGAAUUCUCGAGUCUGGUCACCUUCAACCAAGUCCGUGGCGCAUUCGGCUUCAACGAGAGCACCAACGUUGGCCGCAUCUUCUUCCCCGCCGUGCAGUGUGUCGCCGCUUUCGCUACCUCCUACCCCGAGAUCUGGAAGGACGAGCCUCUUCAAGAGCGCACCCAAGAGAUCGCCAACAUUCAAUGUCUGAUCCCUAUGGGUAUCGACCAGGACCCCUACUUCCGUCUCCUCCGCGAAAACUCCUACCGCAUGAAGUUUCCCUCGCCCAAGCCCGCUUUGAUUCACUCCAAGUUCCUCACGGCCCUACAAGGUGCUGGCGGCAAAAUGUCCGCCUCGGAGCCUAACUCAGCUAUCUUCAUGACCGAUAGCGCCAAGCAGAUCAAGACCAAGAUCAACAAGUACGCCUUCAGCGGUGGCCAAGUCAGCAUUGAAGACCACCGCCGCCUGGGCGGCAAUCCCGACGUCGACGUCUCGUAUAUCUACAUGACCUACUUCGAGGAGGAUGACGCCAAGUUGGAGGAAGUGUACAACAGCUACAAGAAGGGCGAUCUUCUGACGGGCGAGCUGAAGAAGAUGACCAUCGAGCUGCUGCAGGAGUACGUGGCGCAGUUCCAGGAGAAGCGCAAGGAGGUCACGGAUGAGCUGCUGGCGGCGUACAUGAAGCCCCGCAAGCUCGAAUGGAAGGGCAACCCCAACCCGGUGCCUGCGCCCCCGGAGGAGACCCUUGCCGCGCGGCCGAAGGACAAGAAGGAGAAGAAGGACAAGAAAGAAAAGGCGUGACUAGAUUCCAAGAUGGAGACUGAUUUUCGAUCUGAGUUAGACAUAUACCAAUUUUCUUCGAGGUAUUGUUCUGUCGGUCAUGAGAUGUCAGUACUCAAGUAAAUCGCCGUGGUGAUG